GACAGCAUCAGUUUUUUUUAAUACCCUCUCAGUGAUGAAAAUGAACAAUUAGUCAAGAAGUUGAAAAAACUACACCUAAAAAAUAAGGAGCUAGAAAAGAAUCUGGGCCAGAUCCAAGAAAAACUGCAUCUGCAGCAGUUAAUGCAGGACUAUGUCACAAGCAGAGAUGUUCAAGUUCAAACAGAAACCCGUUUGUGGCAUAAGGGUGGAUACAGCAAGGAUCUUAAUCUAGAGGGUGACAGUGUCAGACUACUUCAGAUGUAUAAUGAUCUACAGAAACGUUACGUUAAAGAAAUCAAAACAAACCAGGAGCAAAGCGAAGCAAUUAAAAAUCUCACUAUUAAAAUUCAUGAGCUAGAGCAUAAUCUUCGAGAGCAGAGGCAAAGAAUUGAGCAAUUGGAAUGUAAAAAGGUUUCUUGGAAAACUAGUGCUGUUUCUGGAAAAAGAAGUCGAACCCCAGAGGGAGAAGUAACAUCUCACAGGGACAUGUCUAAAAAGGAGGAGUCCUGUUGCAGUAAAUAUUUAGAGCUAUUGUUGAAGGAGAUUAAAAAGCUGAAGAAAGAAAAUGAAAAGUUGUCUACAGAAAGGAGAGCACUAAAAAAUGAAUUAGCCGGAUUAGACAAGGAUUUUUUUGAAGAGAUAGAAGAUCUCAAGCAUGCUGUACAGGAAUCUGUGAAACUGAAUAAUCAGUAUGAAAAGUGCUUGAAACAAAUAAGUGUGCUGUAUGGACUUCCUUUUACAGCACAUUUGUAA